GGCACCGCCGACUGCAGGUAGAACGCCAAUAACAUGGUGCCUCGGCGACUUGUCUGUUUACGCCAAGAAACGGGAACGGAGAGUUGCUGUAAAACGUUUAAAUUUGUUUGUUUUGUUUUGUAAGCCGCACACAACGCUAUUUUAGAGUUGUUUUUUUUUUAUAUUUGAUUUCACAUUUUCGGUUAUGGGAUUGCUUGUGUACUGAUGUGUCACUUGUCCCAAUGGAAAGGGGGCUUCGCUUUGGCAACGUGGGCAUAUCCCUUGUGCUGUUGUUGAUGUUGAGAGCUGUGAGUGUGAGGACUGUGCAGUUUAACUCUCUGUCCCGGACAGAGCCGGAGACCGCGGACACGGUGAUGGAGCGCGGGCUGGAGAGCAGCAUCGCGGACGCUACGGUGGAGGACGACGAGAGCAGCUCGGCUGGAGACAGUGAGGAGCCUGGCGGAGACAACGACACAAACUUCCACCAGCACGGCAGAAGCUUGGUGAUCAUCAGCACUCUGGAUGGGCGGAUUGCGGCUCUGGAUCCUCUGAAUCAAGGGCGCAAGCAGUGGGACUUGGACGUGGGCUCUGGCUGCCUGCUGUCCUCCAGCCUCAGCAAACCAGAGGUGUUUGGGAAUAAGAUGUUCAUCCCAUCUCUGGAUGGAGCUUUGUUUCAGUGGAACAGGGACAGGGAGAGCAUGGAGGCUGUCCCUUUUAGUGUGGAGUCCCUGCUCGACUCUUCUUACCGUGUUGGAGAGGACACCGUGCUGGUGGGAGGAAAAUCACUCACCACCUACGGCCUGGGAAUCUACAGUGGCAAGCUGAAGUAUAUCUGUUCGACCGUGGGCUGCAGUCAUUGGGGAGAGGAGGAGACCGAGUCAGAGGACAUGCUGUUACUGCAGAGAACACAGAAAACCGUCAGAGCUGUGACCCCUCGCAGUGGCUUUGAGAAGUGGAACUUCAGUGUGGGAAACUUUCAGCUGAAGUUUGUUCCAGAGACCGAUACACAGCUCAGCUUUUUGGAAGGGGAGACGGCCAAUAAGGAGGCGUGGCAUGAACUGCAACGUGACGGGCCACGUGUGAUCCUGGAGGAAGCAGAAGCACACAGUCAAAACCAUGCUAACGCACAUGUACAGACAGAAGGCCUAGACCUGGUGAUCAAAGUGUCUAUUCCAGACUGGAAAGUUAUGGCAUUUAGCAGUGGACCAGGAGGACAGCUCAUCUGGGAGCAUCAGUUCUGCACGCCCAUUGCCUCAGCCUGGUUGGUGGGAGGGGGAAAGGUGACCCCUAUCAGUCUCUUUGAUGACACCUCUUACACCGUCCAGCCAGAGAGUGAGAUUCGGGAGGAGGACGAUGACCUCAUGGAGGAGGCGCGUGGAGCCACGGAGUCGAGCAUUUAUCUAGGGAUGUUUCAAGGUCAGUUGUAUUUACAGUCUUCGGUUCGAAUGACCGAGAAAUUUCCAUCUAAGCCCAAAGCCCUGGACGGCCACCACUCUAGCAGAGACAUCAUUCCUCUUCCCACUGUCAAAUGGAAGCCUCUCAUCCACUCUCCUUCUCGCACUCCGGCACUCGUGGGGACAGAGGAGUUCGAUAAAUGUUUGAACAACGACAAAUUUUCCUAUGAGGAGUACAGCAAUGGUGCUCUAUCUAUACUGCAAUAUCCACAUGAUAAUGGAUAUUACUUCCCAUACGGUACACGGUACCGUGGUCGGCGAGAGGUGACGGCAGUGAGUGUAUUGCGUACAAGUGAGGCUGGAGGGAUGAGGAGGAAGGACCCAGUGCUUCUUCUGCCGUGGUGGAAGGAGAUCUUGGGCACCAUAAUCUUUUGCAUUGCCGCUACCACAUACAUCGUUCGCAAGUUCUUCCACCCACACGCAGCGUACAUACGGCAGCGGAAGGAGUCUGAGACACAGUGUCAGACAGACACCAAGUUUGAGAUGGAAGCCAGUGAACCCAGGGAGGCAGUAACAGAGACUCGGCCCAGUGAAUAUGUGUCCAGGUACCUGACAGACUUUGAACCAGUGCAGUGUUUAGGGCGAGGUGGCUUUGGAGUUGUGUUUGAGGCACGGAACAAAGUAGACGACUGCAAUUAUGCCAUCAAGAGGAUCCGCUUACCCAACAGGGAGGUGGCCCGUGAAAAGGUGAUGCGGGAAGUAAAGGCCUUAGCUAAACUGGAGCACCCAGGUAUCAUCCGUUACUUCAACGCGUGGCAGGAGAGCCCACCUCAGGGCUGGCAGGAGGAAAUGGAUCGACGCUGGCCUAAAGAUGCCAGUGCUACUGAUUGGCUGCUCAGCAGUCCUGACCACAUGGAGGCUUUCUCUGUGAAGGUGCCAGUCUCCACUCCCUCUCCUCUGGAUCUGCGGUCUGAGUGUGUGGCUGGUGGCGAUGUAGGUGUGCUCGCUCAGGAUCAUGUGUGCGUGGAUGGCUUGGGCCUGGACAGCAUGAUGUCGGAUCAGGACAGCCAUGCCGAUGUUGACCCUGACCUGGAACUCUCGGGAUCGCCACAUUCUUUUGAGCUCUGUCCUCCCCGCACAGUGACCCAUAACGACUGCACCUCUUCUUCCUUUGACAUCGUUUUUGAAGACUCUGGUUGUGAUCAGCACGACAAUGAUGCCGAGCUCAGCAAUUGUACAUCGGUUCAGACGAAAAGCCCCUCUCACACGGGUUCCAGAUCUCACCACACUGCUUCCUCAGGCCCGUUCACUUACUCUCCUCCUCGGCCAUCGUCUCUGAAGCUGCCACCACAAGCCCCUACUCCUGCUCCACGGCUGGCCCUGACUCCCAAAGUCUACCUGUACAUCCAGAUGCAGCUGUGCAGGAAGGAGAACCUGAAGGACUGGAUGGCACAGCGCUCUCAGCCUGAGCUCAGAGAGCACUCGCAGUGUCUCGCCAUCUUUUUGCAGAUCGCAGAGGCUGUCGACUUCAUCCACAGCAAGGGACUCAUGCACCGAGACCUGAAGCCCUCUAAUAUCUUCUUCACGCUGGAUGAUGUAGUGAAAGUUGGAGACUUUGGGCUGGUGACCGCUAUGGAUCAGGAAGAAGACGAUGAUGAAGAAAUAAACACCCUCACCCCUAUGCCAGCUUACGCUCGCCACACUGGCCAAGUGGGCACUAAACUCUACAUGAGCCCAGAACAGUUUUCAGGGAACUCGUACUCUCAUAAAGUGGAUAUUUACUCUUUGGGGUUGAUCCUGUUUGAGCUGCUCUGCCCAUUCCGCACACAGAUGGAGAGACUCAGAACUCUCACCGAGGUCCGGGAGCUGCAGUUUCCAAUGUCCUUCUGUAAAAACAAUGUUCUGGAGGCUCAGAUGGUGCGCUCUAUGCUCUCUCGCGUUCCUGCCGAGCGACCCGAAGCAUCCGAGAUCACAGAGACGCCACUGUUUCAGGAGCUUGAGGUGCCCUGCAGAAUCAGACAGCGCUCGCGAACAUACAGCGCCUCAUCCACAGGCCGACCAUCGCGACAGAUAUCCAGCUCCAGUUAAAACACAGACACGCCUACUGAGCUCUCUCUGACCCUCUCUCAGCACCUCAGUUGGAAGUGAACCGAUUUUCUGAGGAGUGUCCUCACAAUUUAAGCACACGCUAUAAUCUCAGUCUUUAUCGCUAGAAAACAGGAGGCAUUUUAGCUUCUCAGUCAUUCCAUCUCAAGCACAAACCCACACACAGUCGCCUACACACAAUGUCUCUGCCUCUCACCUCACCUGCCUCACUGCAUUGGCUUUUCCUUACUGUCAAGGUCAGCCUCAUGGCCUUCUCCCAUCCUUUACAAGUUAAGAAAGUUGAAGACAUUCACUCAGGAGAGAAGAUGCUAACCAAACUGCUUGACUCCUCGCAGAUCAGCUCAGAUUCUGAAGCUCCAUGAUGGACGCGUCAUCAUCUUUACCUCAGUUGCUCUUCCAUACCGCGCACACUCUCAUGGAUUUGUUGUUGUGGAAAUGGAACAUUAUACAGUGCUGAAUGAAGGAAAGUUGAUUAAUGAGCUGCUUUGGAACGCUGGUCGCUCAUCUUUUUUUUUUCUUUUCUUUUUUUUUUUUUCUUUUCAAAUAGGAAGGAAGUUGCACAGGACUUGCUUCCUCUGAACUAUUCCUUCAUAAGAACUAUUCCUUCCUAUGAACAAUUAUUUUCUCAUUUCUAUUGUAAAUAGACCUAAACUCCAAAAGAGUGUGAGAAACUUGUUAAUGGUGCAUGAUGGAAACUGCAGACAUGGUUUGGUGGGCACAGUAGCCUUUCACUGGCACUUGGGGACUGUGGAUCUGCCUUAGUAAUGGAAUAAUAGACAAUUCUGCCAACUUCUUAAUUCUACUGAAAGGAAUAUGCGAAUAUUGUAUGAUUGUUUGAUUGCUUUCUGACAGAAUGAUUAGAAUCAAAGAGAGAUUUUUGAAACUAUACGUGUAAAGAUGAUGGUGUAUAAUACGUUUUCAUUAAUACCAAAACGGGUUUUGUACUCCCUCAAAAUGAAUUUCCUUUAGGACAUCCAAAUGACAGUGACUGACUGGAAACUUCAUCCACACACGUAACACACACCCUUUUAAAAUCACUGUUUAUAGGUUUAUUUCCAUAAAGGAUUUUUUGAUGGGUGGGAAUAUUUUUGGCACAUGGUGCCAUUUUUCUCUGACUGUUUCUGCAUACAUUGUCCCUUAAGAUUUAAUUGUGAUAAAAUCUCGAGAUAUAAGCUUAGACCUUGAGAGUAUGGAGGUAGAAUGGCUCUUUAUUGAUAUGCGAGCAGUCUCUUUUUGUUUGCUGUCUGUAGGUGUGUGUGUGUGUGUGUGUGUGUGUGUGUGUGUGUGUGUGUGUGUGAGGAGUGUGCACAGCUCUCUAAAUGACUAGACUAGUGCAGAAAGGAUAUCAGUUAAUGACUUGUCAUUGUUAAUUACACUCAUACAGACCUUUAGCAAGACCUUCAGGACAUGCUUCACCUUUCACCCGUAUUAUACAGCUUUUGAGUUUCCUUAUGUACUUUUGCUCAGCCACAGUGUUUAUUUUAUUUAUUUACUUUUUUCAUCAGCAUGCCAGUGGAAGACAAUGAAUCCUUUAGUUUUCUGUGUCAGUAUAUGGCCAUAGAACAAGGUUUUAUAACGAUUAGGCUGUUCCUUAGUCCACAAAUGUGACUAAUUCACGCAAAUAAUUGCAUUGACCACAUUCAGACCUGAAUUUUUCGUUAAUGUGUCACUGUAAUUCGAUUAUUUCAGGAUAUAUAUCCAGUUUCAGACGGCAUUGCCUUUGCUGUUCUGACUUUUUCCCCGUAACGAUUCCUGUUCUGAUUCAACGCUCUUGUCAGUUUGGCUGACUGUCAUCCAUAACCUGUAAUAUUUGGGCACAAUCUUUUCUCCUUUUGUCCUUGUAAAUAUGUUCUUGUUUUUAUUUAUGUUCUUUGCAGAAUCAAUCCUUUUGGGUUGGUGAUGUGUAAAUGCACUUCAUGCAGUGGAGUGUGUUGAAAUAUUGUGACUUCUUACAAGUCAAAAUUGAAUAAAUAUUCUAUGAACUUUGGUAAAAAAAAAAAAAAAGUUUUGAGCUUUUUUAAGCAUACCGUUUAAACAGUUUAUUUUUUAAAAUCCUGCCUUUCUGGUAAAGAUAAUAGCUUAACUCUGCAUCCAUGACUAAUGUGUACAGACAUUUAUGACUCAAGUGUUAACAGGGAUGUGCCAGAGGAACUGUGACUUUGUUCCUGUAAAGCAAAUGUUUGCAUGGUAUUUUAAUGCAUGGCCAAAAAAAAAAAAAAAAUCCACUAAUACUACUAAAAAUAAAAUUAAGUAAUUAAGUUAUACAGUAUACCCCACAAUAAUGUUUAGUUUACAGCUUUAAUUUCCUGCAGGAUCUGUAAAAGUUACUUAACCAUUUAUUUAAACCAAAUACAAGUAGAAACUGAAUUCCCACAUGACUGUAAACAAUAAAACUUAGGUCUUUAUUGUUAAAACAAUCAAGUUUUUUUAAACUUGGGUUUCUCUGUAACAGCACCUGUACCUCUUUUUGAAUAUGAGCAUCAAGUACAGCUUGUAUGUAUAAAGAAGAAAAGAAAGAUAAGGAAACACAGGAUGGUGCUGUCUUGCUCUCACUAGUCUGAUUGAGUCUUUUCUUAGAGUCUUAGUUUUAAGUAAUAAUCACAACUGCCCAAUGAAAAUCUUACAGCAGAAAUGCAUCCUGCCAAAAUGAAUCACUUGGUUUAAAUACAAAAAAGGCAUCUGUCUGAAUAUUUAAUAGGUCUGUUCUGAUAAAUUUAGUGUCUCUGGUUUGUUUAUUUAAAAUGUUUUAUGAUGGUCUGCUUUAGUCCUUAUACUGAGCCAAAAAGCACAGAAUACACAAGCAAAGCAGAUUCAAUCUCAGUGGUGCUUACAGUAAAUUCAGCUGUAAAUGAGACACAGCUAAUCAAGAAAUGAUUGACAACUGGUCUGUCCAAUUAAAUUUGUCCAGAAAUAAGAGGUGUGUGUGCGCAAAAUGUCUGUGAAAGCACUAUGAAAGCUGACAUUCUGCACUUUAAUCCAUUAGUCACUGAUUCAGUUCAAUGAGCAAAAUGCUGGAAUCCAGAAAACACACUCCAGCAUAUUUUGAGUUUUCAUAUCAAUCAUAUUUGGAGAAAAAUACCACAUCAAAACGACAACUUUCUUCACUUCCAGUUCCAUCAUAUGCCUGUUAAAUUAAGA